AUGGCACCGCGAUCCGAAAAGCCCAAGCACACCGACCAGUGCGAUGCUUCCGAUGGCUCAGCAGACACCAGCACAAAGCCGACCCGCGACCGGGAGCGAAGGCCAAAAGCAGGACCUUCUACACCAAAGCAGCCACGUACGCCUCGAGAGAGGACACCGACGAGUAAGCAGCAUUCGCCGCGCUCCCACCGGCAACCGCCUCCGCCCCCUCCGCCGCAAUACCACCCCCACUCCCCGUACCAAGGCUACCAAUACCCAGCGCCGCAGCCUGGCUUCUCUCCAAACCCCCAACUUCAAGCCUACCCAGCAUACAACCCAUACGCAUACGCCUACGCCCAACCACAGCCAAACCCCUACACAUACGCAUACGCCUACACCCAAGCGCAGCCAAAUCCCUACUACCAAGUUCCCCAACCCCAAUAUUACGCCCAGCAGUAUCCGCAAAUGCAAUACCCGCAACCGCCUCCCGCCUCCCGCCGCCCUCCAGUGCAAGGCUGGGUCGAAGGCGAAGUCGACUCGACAGGCGAGAGCGUGGAGCCUCGUGCCGUGUAUGGCGGACAGCCGGGAGAGAGUCCGGCGAUGCAGGAGGCGCAGGCGAGGGAGUGGUCGCGGUUAGAUCGGGAUUUGGCGAGGGAUGCGAGGAGGCAGAAGAGGCAGAGUGCGGAGUUGGAAGCUGGGGCUGGGGCGCAGAGACGUGCGGAGGGGGAGGAGUUGGAGGGGGAGGAGGAGGGGAAGAAAGAGGGACAGGGGAGUAAGGGACGACGUCGGGGUCGGGGGAGUAAGUGA